UGCGAAUCAGAACAGUCGUUCUCGUUAUGACAUUUACAAUGUAUCAAAAUGAAAAGUUUUUAAAGUUAGUUAAAUGUUAAAAACUUUUAAGGAAAGUGUAUAAAGUGUAAAAAUGAAUUACAAAAUCUUAUUCUUUUGUUUAUUAGUAGGAGUUCUUUUGAUUAAGGAUAUUAAUUGUUUACAUAAACGUUGUAUGAAAUGUAGGUCAAGGGGCGAGUUAGGCACCUGUGGAGAUCCUUUUCCAUUUAAUGCUACGGAGCCAGAGGUGGAAGAAGGCAUUCAUGUAGUUGCCUGUCCUUCAGGGUGGUGUGGAAAAAUGAUAGAAGGGACUACUGGAGCCUUUCGAACUGAUGAUUACGGUGCGGCGACCCAGCGAAUGUGUCUUCAGAGAUCCCCCAGUGACGACGAAGAGAGAUGUGCCUACACGAUGUGGAAUCAUAGGAAAGUAUACAUGUGUUUUUGUAACGGUGACCUCUGCAAUUCGGCGUUUAAAAUAUCGACACCACCACUUUUUCUGUAUACUAUUUUAGUCAUUGUCAAGGUUUUGUUUUAAAUUUCAUGCUAUGAUAUAAAAAGAUUCCGCCGUGUCUUUGUAAUCCACGGAAGAUCCGCUUACCGUGUACUUAAUAGGCUAUUUGACUGGUUUUUAAAAUCCAUUUUAUAUUAUUAAGUAGAGGUUAAAGAACCCUGUAAAAGUUGUUUUUUUUUUAUUCUAGUACAUAUUUGCUGAAAAAUUUCA